AUGCCUUGGGAGACUGCAAUCAAAAAGGAGGCCCUUGUUGAAGUGGUGGAGAGUGGACCGUACCAGACUUGUGCUGAAAUGGCAGAACGCUUAGAAUGUGAUGAAUUGCCGGUGCGCAAACGGUCUCAACUCGGCUACAGAAGAAGACACAAGAAAGAUCAAGAGGUGCCUCACCUACUUACGCCUGCCAACAAAAUGGCACGUUUCAACAUCUGGUAA